AUGGCUGAGAAAAAUGAAGAUGAUGGUCGCGUUUCCGAAAUGGCUGACGAGAUGAAUGAGGAGAAUAAAGAUAAUGAUGAUCGCGUUCCCGAAAUGGCUGAGAAGAAUAAAGAUGAUGGUCGCGUUUCCGAAAUGGCUGAGGAGAUGAAUGAGGAGAAUAAAGAUAAUGAUGACGAUCGCGUUCCCGAAAUGGCUGACGAGAUGAAUGAGGAGAAUAAAAAUGAUGAUGAUCGCGUUCCCGAAAUUGCUGAGAAGAAUGAAGAUGAUGGUUGCGUUUUCGAAAUGGCUGAGAAGAAUGAAGAUGAUAGUCGCGUUCCCGAAAUGGCUGACGAGAUGAAUGAGGAGAGUAAAGAUGAUGAUGAUCGCUUUCCGGAAAUGGCUGAGAAGAAUGAAGAUGAUGGUCGCGUUUCCGAAAUGGCUGAGGAGAUGAAUGAGGAGAAUAAAGAUGAUGAUGAUCGCGUUCCCGAAAUGGCUGAGGCGAUGAAUGACAAGAACAAAGAUGAUGAUGUUCGCGAUUCCAGAAUGGCUAAGGAGAUCUACGAGACCAAAGAAGCAUUACUGGCCCUUCCUGCUGCUGUGGCCGAAGCCUCAUACUUGGAAAACGUAAACAUUGUUUUAAUAAAGUACUGUGAUUACGCCAUUAUGGAGAAGGUCGUAGCUUUAAAAGGAGUAAGAGGAAAUAGUCCGUGGGUAUUUGAUGGCUACUCCUACUAUCGAUUUCAACACUUUAAGGACAUCGCCUAA